CAUUCCCCAUUUAGAAGCCAUUUUGGACACAGAUCAGUAACAUGCAUGUAAACCCCGACCGACCUCCCGAUGCAGCGGUGCUUCUAUUCAAGUGAAUAACCUCAAAAAGAGCGCCGGGUUUUCGUCUCGGAUGGUUUAACGGCUUCCCAUUCGGUUUUUGGAUCCACUUCCGAUGCGAAAUGCCGCACCUAUUAAUGGACUAACAGUCUGGCAGUCAAUUAAUCGCUCCUAUCUUUUCUUGCAACAUUGUUGCAGCGUCGCGGCUAUUGACACGCGCUGUGGUGGUGGUGGUUAGGCUGCGGAGGGACCGGAGGCCUGUGGUCGUUUUGAUCCUGGACUGAUGUUUUGGACAACCUGAGUUUUAAUGUUCGCGACGGAAAGUGGGGGAAACCUCUGUCCUGUAUUUAAAACGGAACAUGUCUUUUUCGUGGCUGACUUGUUCACUUCUUCUGGGAACUUUAUGCGCAGGGUACAGUCUGGGCGAAGCAGAGACCCGGGAGUGUGUGUACUACAAUGAUAACUGGCGUACGGAGAGGACCAACCAGAGCGGCUUCGAGCGCUGCGAGGGGGAGAAGGACAAGCGACUGCACUGUUAUGCCUCCUGGCUCAACUCCUCAGGGACCAUCAAGCUGGUGAAGAAAGGCUGCUGGCUGGACGACUUCAACUGCUAUGACAGGCAAGAGUGUGUCUCCAUGGAGGAAAACCCUCAGGUCUUCUUCUGCUGCUGCGAGGGCAACUACUGCAAUGAACGAUUCACCCACCUUCCUGACAUGAUUGGCAGUGGCAACCGAGUGAAAAUACGGCCUCCACCCCGAGUGCCGUCCCUGCUCAACGUGCUGGUGUACUCCCUGCUGCCUCUCUGUGUGCUGUCCCUGGCCCUUGUUCUGGCCCUGUGGAUGUACCGCCACCGCAAACCUCCUUACGGCCACGUAGACCUGAGCGAGGAUCCUGGACCUGCUCCUCCAUCCCCCUUGGUGGGUUUGAAACCACUACAGCUGCUGGAAAUUAAAGCUAGGGGACGCUUUGGUUGUGUUUGGAAGGCCCAGUUGAUGAGCGAAUAUGUUGCUGUCAAGAUCUUCCCCGUUCAGGACAAGCAGUCAUGGCAUAACGAGCGGGACAUAUUCAUGACUCCGGGAAUGCGACACGAAAACCUCUUGCGUUACAUCGCUGCGGAGAAGCACGGAAGCAACCUGGAGACGGAGCUGUGGCUCAUCACAGAGUUUCAUGAGAGGGGCUCACUGACAGACCACCUGAAGGGUAACACUGUGACCUGGAGUGAGCUGUGUCAGAUAGCAGAGACCAUGUCCCGCGGCUUGGCCUACCUCCAUGAGGACAUUCCCAGCUACAAGGGAGAGGGGCCCAAACCCACUAUUGCACACAGGGACUUCAAGAGUAAGAAUGUGAUGCUACGAGAUGAUCUGACUGCAAUCAUCGGAGACUUUGGGCUCGCUGUACGAUUUGAACCAGGAAAACCUCCAGGAGAUACUCAUGGCCAGGUGGGUACGAGGCGUUACAUGGCUCCAGAGGUUCUGGAGGGAGCCAUCAACUUCCAGCGAGACUCCUUCCUGAGGAUAGACAUGUAUGCUAUGGGCUUGGUGCUGUGGGAGCUGGUGUCCCGCUGCACAGUAACCGACGGUACAGUUGGGGAGUUCAUGCUGCCGUUUGAGGAGGAAAUAGGCCAACAUCCCUCCCUGGAGGAUCUGCAGGAUGUGGUCGUGCACAAGAAGAUGCGUCCAGUCAUCAAGGACUGCUGGCUCAAACAUCCUGGUCUGAGCCAGAUGUGCGAGACCAUCGAAGAAUGCUGGGACCACGACGCAGAGGCGCGAUUGUCCGCCGGCUGCGUCGAGGAGCGCAUCGGCCAGAUCGCCAGGACGAUCAGCAGCACUACCUCAGACAGCCCCGUCUCCAUUGUGACGUCUCUUACCAACGAGGACCUACCUCCCAAAGAGUCCAGCACCUGAACUGGUGAACCCAUCCUUCACCCGAGCUCCUGACUUUUUAUUUUUCAAAUCCAAACUCAGCGGAUCUCCGUGAAUAUUUAAAAGCAUAAAAAAAACAACUAGCAACGUGAAUGCAGCUGCUAUUUUAUCCCAAUACUGGUAUUUUUUUUUUUUCCUGUUUUUAAUGUUUUUGGUGUUUAAAGUCAAAUCCUACUAACACAUCCAUCUGCUGUAGUAAUAAGUUAUGUGAUGGGCACAUCUGAUAACACCCAUGUGUCAAAUCUUAAAUGUUGUCAUUACCUCAUGUAUUUCUUUUGUGUUAGUCUAUUUUUAUUACCUCAUAAGUUGUUUCUUUGUCGUUUUCCUGUCUUGGUCAUGAUCGUCUGCGGCCAAAUGAAAUGAACCUUUGCUCCAAACCUCGGACGACGUGCUGCACACCUCGGAGGAACCGUUUUGAGACUGUUAGACAAAAUAUAUUCAUCUUCCUCAGGGGUCGAAGCUUCUCGAUUUUUAAACUCGAGUGUGCUCCCUUAUUUUAAACCUGUGAAUGCCUCUGAAUGGAAAAAAAAAAGAUCAAAACAAAUCGGAGUACACCUGUUUUAAUCGCAAGGGAGGAGCCGAAAUGGGGAGCUGAGCAGUUGUAUUGGACAUUUUGGACUUUUUGAAGAUUUGGGACAAGCGUCUUGUCACCGGGGAACUACCUCUCAGGUAUCCAGUAGGCUUCUUUGGAACAUUUUCUCUACGUUGAGAGCCAAGCUAUCCAGCUAGCUAUCAUGGACAUAUUCCUGGAUUCGUUUUGUUUUUUAAUUGUAGAAAUUUAGAGUUACUCCUUUGCCAGUGCCAGGGGCAUUGACGGAUGCUGCCUGGAGUUGCAAUGUUACACAUUCUUGAUUUUACCUGUCUGAGUGUGUGUGUGUGAGUGUGUGUGUGUGAGAGAGAGAGAGAGAAUUUAAAGACUAAAUGAUUUGAGAUGGACAAGAGAGCAUGUUUUUAAAGUAAGAACCAUGGACAGAUAGUUGAGGUUUAUCCUUGCGAGGGCCAUACUUGAGUAAGCAACAUGUCUGUUUUUAAUUUUCAUGGGUGUUUGUUCAAUAGACUCAGUUGGACACCAGUCCCCAGAUACCUCAGUCACUGUACAUCAUGCAAGGAGAGCUCAAAUGGUUGCCUUUGUCUCAAAUGCAAUGCCAUAGUUGUACCAUAACAUGAAUACCAUACAUUGAAUGUCCGUUAUGCUGCUGUGACUAUUCCAGGAUACUCAAGGAUUUGUAGAUGUACAUGUAUUCUUUGUUAAUAUAACGCUAAUGAUAUUAUGUGAGGCUAAUUUUCUGUUUUGUGUUUUUUGACCGGGUAAGCUCUCAGCUGCUUACUCCUCCAGACUGACCUCAGAUAUUCUGACAAGUACCUCAGGCUUUUUCUACAUGUAUUAUAUCAAGUUGUGUUAUGUAUUUUAUUGUGUUUUAGUAGUUGAGAUAUUUUAUUGCCGGUUGGGCCUCUUUGUCUGUGGAGAUUCGAUUUUUUUUUUUUUUUUUUUUUUUCUUUCUAGAGCCUGACCAGUUGUCACAGUGUUAAUGCUGUACAAACCUAAAAGAAGAGAGGCAGAUUCUUGUAAAUAGACCUGUACACACAGUGGCCGAACACUGAUCUGAUUUUUUAAAAUACAAAAUCAGGGCAUUACUCAUUUCACAGAAACCGAAAGGGAUCUCUCAGUUCCACCUCUACAUAUUUAAAAGUCAUUUUAACAACUAGCCCUGUGAUUUAAAAACAAAAAAAAUAUGUGUAUAUAUACAGAUUUAUAUAUAUAUAUAUAUAUAUAUAUAUACAUUUUUUUCCUUCAAUUUCUUUCAAGAAUGGUGGUUGUGUUACUGAUUUCUAUAAUAAUGGUAUCAGUUCCUCUGGAUCAGAAGCUGUGUAGGUAGCACUUACAUUAGAAAGUUUAGUGUGUAUAUCAUCGAAAACGGUCAAAAAAAAAAAACAACAAAAAAAUAUCCCUGAUGGUUUGGUGCUGGCGGCUUCUGUGAUUUGCCACCUGUUGGAAAAUGCCAGUUGGAACAGUAUUACCUCAAUAUUAACCCGCUGAUGUGAUGUUCAGACUUGUUCAGUGAUAGUUUAGCCACGUUGGACACACAGGCUCAUCUGUUGUGCUUUGAUUAGUGCUGUGGAACGAUGGUGAUUUUAACAGUGGUCUGUAACGCUUGCUCCUGUGCAGUUUUGGUAAAGAACGUGUGGGGGAAAAAAACCAUCAAUACAGAACAAUGUUUUUAGUGUUUGGAGAUCAUCUAUGUGUCUAUAACCACAUGAUUGAUUGAUUUUUAAUAAUGCAGCCCCAUUACGAUUCAUGUAAAGAGUGGCAUGUGCGUGGUCCAAGGGUCCAGCAAUAUUUAUUAUACAGCAAUAGUCACUUGGAUAUCAUAGUUUAUGUAAUUAAACUUUGCUGUGACUUAGCAGUCGUCUUCUGCGGAUCAAUAAAGUACAUCCCAUCACACCUGGAUCAUGUUCUGAUGAGGACACACUUUAGAGCCUCCAAAAAAAAUGCUGUAGGUUGAAUUUGUGUGUGUGAGCUGAACGUGACCCAGGUGCUUUCACGUAUUGUGCCAGAAAAACAACGAUCACAAAUGAAAAUCUGCCGUGAUUGAUUGUUACCUCCCAAUGCUGUCUUACACCCAGCUCUUCUGAACAGAAAAACCAGUUACCUCAUGCAGUACCUCGUUAGUAACACUAACAUGGAGUCAGUCUCAUCUUCAAAAAGAAAAAACAAGAAAAAAAUAUCAAUUAUCGUGUAUAUAUUUACUUGACAAAUGUAAAGGGUUUCUUCCUUUUCAUGUGUGAAUCCUGUGAAAGCAAAUCCUUUUUUUUUUUUUUUUUUAAAUUUACAGUCAACAUAUUGUUCAUUUCUUGUAGUGUGACUGGAUUUUUGACUGAAUCGUGUGACCUUCCCUGUUUAUGUGAAGACUGUGUGUGUGGAUGCGUGUGUGUGUGUGUGUGUGUGUGAGUGAGUGUGUGUGUGUCAGUGAGUGAGGUGUGUGUUGGUUGGUUUCACUAAAACAGUACGAAUGGUAAUUUUAUCUGUGAGUUGAAAUGCUUAGAAAUAUAAACUAGAUGAGAAUACAUCCAUCUUUUUGUAUAUUAAAAUAAAGACAAACACUGAUUAACCAUGUAAA